AUGGCAGCCCUACGCUAUGCGGGCCUGGAUGACACCGACAGCGAGGACGAGCUGCCCCCGGGCUGGGAGCAGAGGACCACCAAGGACGGCUGGGUUUACUAUGCCAAUCACACUGAGGAGAAGACCCAGUGGGAACAUCCAAAGACUGGGAAAAGAAAGCGAAUCGCAGGAGAUUUGCCCUAUGGAUGGGAACAAGAAACUGAUGAGAAUGGACAAGUGUUUUUUGUCGACCACAUAAACAGAAGAACCACCUACCUGGACCCCAGACUGGCGUUCACCGUGGACGACAACCCCACGAAGCCGACCGCCAGGCAGAGAUAUGACGGCAGCACCACGGCCAUGGAGAUCCUCCAGGGCAGAGACCUCAGCGGCAAAGUGGUCGUGGUGACGGGGGCGAACUCGGGGAUCGGGUUUGAAACUGCCAAAUCUUUCGCCCUUCAUGGUGCACACGUGAUCCUGGCCUGCAGGAACAUGACGAGAGCCAAUGAAGCCGUGUCCCGCAUUUUAGGAGAAUGGCACAAAGCCAAGGUAGAAGCAAUGACCCUGGACCUCGCUCUGCUCCGUAGCGUGCAGCAUUUUGCUCAGGCGUUCAAGGCCAAGAAUGUGUCACUUCACGUGCUUGUGUGCAACGCAGCUGUGUUUGGGCUCCCCUGGACCCUCACGAAAGACGGCCUGGAGGCCACCUUCCAGGUGAACCACCUGGGCCACUUCUACCUUGUCCAGCUCCUGCAGGACGUCCUGUGCCGCUCAGCCCCUGCCCGGGUCGUUGUGGUCUCCUCGGAGUCCCAUAGAUUUACAGAUAUUAACGAUUCCUCGGGAAAACUAGACUUUAGCCGCCUUUCUCCAUCGAAAAACGACUACUGGGCCAUGCUGGCCUACAACCGGUCCAAACUGUGCAACAUCCUGUUCUCCAACGAGCUCCACCGCCGCCUGUCCCCCCGUGGGGUCACGUCGAAUGCAGUGCACCCCGGGAACAUGAUGUACUCCGCCCUCCACCGUGGCUGGUGGGUCUACACGCUGCUCUUCACCUUGGCGAGACCCUUCACCAAGUCCAUGAAAACUUCACGGCGCGCAGCCCUGGGGAGACGCCUUGAUUUGCCGGGGGAAAACAAAGCCAACAUCAAGGCAGACGUCCGUUCAAUGCCAGCGGCAGGUUUGGGAGGAAGCCCUGGCUUAUUCUUCCUUAAUCCUGAUCGGCUUCGUCACUGCGAGGAGCAGAAGUACCAGCGUGAGGAGGAGAGUGAGGGUCCUGCUGCCGCUUUUCACCAACAGGGAGCCGCCACCACGGUGUACUGCGCCGUCGCCCCGGAGCUGGAGGGCCUGGGAGGGAUGUACUUCAACAGCUGCUGCCGCUGCCUGCCAUCAGCCGAAGCCCAGAGCGAAGACACGGCGCGGGCCCUGUGGGCACUCAGCGAGCGACUGCUCCAGGGGGCGCCCGGCGGCCCACCCGCCUAG